UCAAGUGAGUUUUUCAGUUCAAGUAAAGAAGCUGUCGAUGUAGGUGGAGCGGUCGUUGAAGAAUCAACACCGUGUGGUGAAACUGGAAAGUUGGAUGAUUUUGAAAGGCAAACAGAGGGGCGAUAACAGAUACGUUGGGGAAAAUGUGUAGAGUCACUUCUAAAAAUACCACAUGUGUCGGUAAUGUGAAGUAAGUUACUUACACCCAAAAAGUUAUAUAUGCAGACUAAGGGCUGCACUCGAGAAAGUUAACUAGCCCAGUCAUGGCCACAAGAGAGAUACGACAACACAGGAGGCCUGUGAGGAAUAUCAAGCAAGAACGAGACGAUUCGGAUGCAGAGGAACCACAUCUCGGAUUAAAGAAAUCUGAUGGACGGGAAACUCAGAUCAUUCACAGCGGUCACUUCAUGGUGUCCACCCCGCACGCCGAACACGCACCCAAAAAAGGCUACGACUUUGACACGGUUAACAAACAAACCUGUCAAACAUAUCACUUUGGAAAGACCAGCACGUCCCACAUUUCCAUCGAUGUAUCUUUGACGAAAUUAUUCGAAUGCAUGACCCUUGCAUACAGUGGGAAACUGGUUUCGCCAAAAUGGAAAAACUUCAAAGGACUCAAACUCCAGUGGAGAGACAAAAUACGCCUCAACAACGCCAUCUGGAGGGCCUGGUACAUUCAGUAUGUGGAAAGGAGGGAGACCCCUGUGUGCCGGUUUGAGACGCCUCUUGAUGGCAACAUGGAUCCUGACGAGCCCCGAUCUGCGGAGGCAACCGAAGUGAAAUACGUGAAGAGGAGGAAAGAGAUAGUCAUACGUGAAUACCACAAAUGGAGAGCCUACUUCAAGAAGAGGUUGCAGCGACACAAGGAUGAUGACCUCUCCAAUCUCCUCGGGGGGGCGGAGGAGCAGUAUUCCCUGUUUGGGGACGUUUUCCCCGACCCCUUCCGCAUGUCCCUCUGUCAGGACGAGGAGGUGACGUCCACCGGUCGCCGCGUCAGCCGGAGGAGCCACGACUCGCCCGUUCCCAUGGAGAUGGACCCCUUCAUCGACAUGGACGUGCUGAUGUCCGAGUUCUCCGACACGCUGUUCUCCACGCUGGCAUCCCACCAGCCCAUCCCCUGGCCCAACCCCCGAGAGAUCGCCCAUGCGGGGAACGCAGACAUGAUCCAGCCGAGCCUCAUCCCACUGCAGCCCGACUUCACGGACGAGCCCUGGCAAGAUUUGUUCCACACGUUCCGCCACCCUGUCUUCCCCUUCAGCUCGUCGGCACCUUCAGCCUCAGCACACACACCCCUGCCCAGCAGCAGCUCCCAGCCACAGCCUCCUCUGCUCCCGCCCAUGCCCCUCCCCUCAGACCUCGCACCAAUCAGCCUAGACCACCGCCUUGUCUCCUCCCCCGGGCUGCCAAUCACCUCAGCAUUGACCAAUCAGAGUGUCCCCCGGGACCCCAAUGCUGCCUACUCACAGAACUACAUGCCUCUGUUUGCUGUGCAAGUGACCUCUGCCCCUGCCCAGCCCCUGCCUCUCGCAGCGAUACCCCCCUCUCUGCCAUGCCCGGCGGUUUCCGCGGAGACGGCGUCCCUUUUGCCAGGUGCGGGAGACGGCGCCGUGCCUCCGCCGUCUGUCAUCACGCACACUGCGUCGUCUGUGGUUACCCCUAGCAACGCUGCCACCACCUUCAGCCAGGUGGCAGAGCUUCUCUCGGCACAGAUACCCCCAGACCCCCUCAGGCAGACCUCACGCCAGCCCACCGCCCAGCGCCUCGCCCAGAACCCCUCUCAAGCACUCCUCCCGCAGACUCUACCUCAGCCCCUCACACAAAACAUCCCCCAGAAUGCACCCCUGCCGGUGACCCCGCCCCCGCCCCUGGUGUCCUCCGCCCCGCCCCCGGCGUUCGUCCAUCCCAGGCCCGUGCGGCCCGCUCGGCCCGCCUCCAGCAAGAAGAGCCGGCCUGCCCAGCGCAUCGCCCCCGCCAGCCCCCGCCCCCCCCCCAGCCCCCGGCCCUCCCCCCAGCUGAUCUUCACCGCACCUUUCCCGGGACACACAGGCGCUGUGAUCGUCACCUCAGCCCCUGUGAGUUGUGACGCCGUCUCCACGACAGGGGUGGUCCUGGGCUCUCCCAAUGCCCCGCGGGGCUCUUCCUAUCAUAUUCUUCCCCAGACUCAGAAGUCUCCUCAGCCCAUCGUGCCCAAGGAGGAGACCGCCGCCUCCACCUCCAGCAGCAAAACACCCAACGCCCCAUCUCCCAGCACGGGUCUGGAAGGGCGAUCGUCAGGUCAAGGUUCUCCGUGCGGCCUGGAGCAAGCAGCCAGCCCCCAGUCUCCUCUCAGCUCCACCGUGCUGCUCAAGAACGAGAACAACCAAAGCCGCCGAGUAAAUCACAUAUCUGCGGAGCAGAAGAGGCGCUUCAACAUCAACAACGGCUUUAAGACCAUCUGCGGCCUCGUGCCCACGCUCAAGUCCCACCCGCAGUCCAAUAUCAGUAAUGCCGCCACGCUCCA